UUUUUUUUUAGCCGACAAUGGCGAUAUACUACUAUGCACAAACCUCUGUUUCAUUGUAAACGUCUUGUAAUUUGUGUUUGAAUCUCGGGAUUUAUUUAUUUCUAUUUAUAACAUAUGUAAUGCGAUUAUGCGUUUUGCGUUUAGGCGAAUUCCACUGCAACUGUAAUUAUAAAAUAGCGGUUAAUUUGCCACUUAAUCCAGACUUCGGAAAAAAUGUCUUCGCUGUUUAAUAUGGUAAGACUAAAUUGUUGCUUACAUUUCAUGUAUGUCAUCACUGCUGUAGCGAUUUUUGUUUCUUAUGCUGAAGAGUUUAAAAAAAGUAAGUAUUGUGAUGCUUCUAUACAUUCAUUAAAACUUAGCGUUAUUUUUUUAAAAUGUAAUCAUUUAACUUUUUUAUUCUUUAGUUAUUGAAAUUUUAUGUCUAAAAGAUUUAUUUCAGCCUUUUUUCAAACUGUUGGGGUGCUCCACUAGUGUAGCUGGAGGUCCUCUCUAGGAGAGGGGGUCGCAGAUCUAAUCAGGAUGAAAUAUUGCACAAUUAUUCAUUUCUUUUAAAAUUGAGAAACAAUCGAAAAAUUGAACUAGUAUUUAGAUUUUUAUAUAGAAUAUAAUAUGGAAUACAAACCCACCAGACCAGAGAAUGUGAUUGUAGAUAAGUGGAGAUAAGCUUUAGGUAGAAGAUUAAAUGUUAAGAAUUGAAAGCUAGAGUAAAAAAAUAUCUAAAUGUUAGUGUUACGAUCAUAUGUAAGAUUGUAUGUUGAUGUGCAUGUUAUAUCAAAGAUUGUAUGUAUAUUAAUGAAUUAUAAAGAAAACUUUGUGCAGGAUUUGUUAAUUAAUGUUGUCUUAAUCGCUAUUUUUACAAAUGGUUUCCUAUCAACAACAAAAAAAAAAUAAAAAACAAUAACAAAACAAAAAUUAAACUACUAUACAAUGAAUUUCUCAACGGUAAUAUAUAAGGGCGUAACUAAAUAAUAUGCCGGUUUGUAGCAUUUUCCAUGAACUCAAUAUAAGCUUGGAUUUUUUUUUAAAAGUAUUUUUUAAUAUUUUGAAUAUGUAUAUAGGAAAUUAAACUGGCAGCAGAUGGCAUCUGAAAGAGACAGUUGGAGAGCUUUAACAAACAUUUGAGACUCAAAGAAAAGCCAUUAUUGAAGACAGGCGCAGAAGACUUAAAUUAAAUAGGCUACACCGCCAGCGGAGCGGUUAUGUCUGUAUAAAUGCAGGAAAAUAUAUACGUCGCAACUGGGUUUGCAUUGUCUUGUGAAACACUGCACCCAUCUUUAAUCUUCGGAAUCGAAGUUAAUAUCGUUAUUAUUAGUAUCUUCAAUUACUCAGGAGAUAUUUGUGUUUCUUGUUCGGGCGUAUUUACAUAUGCCAGUUUGGUAGGCAAAACACGCAAUACAAAAUUUUAAAAAUGCGAAAGACCAAGUCAAGAAUUCAACAAAUAAAAUUAAACUGGCAAAGCCUGGGGUCAUGCUCCCUCUGUCGAUGCAAGCGCAAAGCAUAAUUUAGAAUUAAGAAGAAGCUUUAACAAGAUUGCACUCUGUAAUUAGCAAUAAAUGUCUUUCUCUGUGUAACAUCAUCGAAGGAUACCACCAUCAUUUGCAGGCCUAUUGUUCAAAAGUUUGGAAGAGUCACACCAUGAAGCCGAAAGUUUUCUUGCUGCUGACUGUUACCUCACUUUUUGUGAGAGUCCAAAGCCUGUCAGUUUCGUUUGAGGAAACUAAUCGAGUUGAGAAUAGUGUUUCAUUGAAAUGUAGAUGGGAAACUCAAGCUAAUGAAGAACCCACAGAAGUAUUUGUGUACAAAAACAGCAAGUUGUAUUAUCAGUGUUCUCUUGGCCAAUCAGAUGUCAGUAUCUGUUCAGCAGAAGAAAUAUCUCCAAGCCGAUUCUCUUAUUUUUAUCAGGAAUCUGAAAAUACCAUUAGGGUCAACAUAAAGAAUAUGAUCAGUUCUGACAGUGAUUUUUAUUCUUGCUAUGUGAAACAACGCAAUGCAACUAUUUCUGGACAAACAUUAUAUUUGCCUUUGAGAAGAGAUAUUACUACGAGCAUCACAACGUCGGCUGUCACUAAACUUAUUGACACAACACCAAAAAUCACAGCUACACCUGGUACUAAGUUUACAAACACAACACCAACAAUCACAGCUUCACCUGAUACUAAGUUUACAAACACAACACCAAAAAUCACAGCUACACCUGAUACAAAGUUUACAAACACAACACCAAGAAUCACAGCUUCACCUGAUACUAAGUUUACAAACACAACACCAAAAAUCACAGCUACACCUGAUACAAAGUUUACAAACACAACACCAAGAAUCACAGCUUCACCUGAUACUAAGUUUACAAACACAACAACAAACAUUGCAACUUCACCUUUCACUAAGCUUACAGGAUCAACUACAGCUCAAACUGAAACUAAUAGCCAAGACACUUCUUCAGUCCUGAUUUACAUUGUUGCCAGUGUUGCAAGUACUGGAUUAGUAAGCCUAAUAGUUGGAGUCAUUUGUUUCUUUGUGAUUAGGAAAUAUCGAACCAAAAAGACUUUAACUCUGCAACAGAUUCAGCAGUCUAACUAAUUAUCUUAUGGUCAAAAACUGUCAAGGAACAUUAUAAGUCUAUUUAAUUUUAAUUUAGACUUUUUGAUUUGUUACAUAUUAUUAUCUUUAAUUAUGUCAAUUUCUUUUAUUUUCAAAGAUAUAUAACAUAUGGAAACUUCAAGCCUGGUAAAUAGAAUAUCAGAAAACCCCAUUUUUUUUUUUUUUUUUUGGUUUUCACUCCGAAUAAGGGAGUUCAGAGUAAUGGAAAUAACAGAAAAAACUAAUACAUUUUUGCUUUCAAAUGACAUUUUUUUAAUGUUUCAAUAUGUUAAAUUUAUCUCAGAGAUAUAAUUUUACAUUUUAGUACAACUCUUUUUAGUUUACAUGCUUAAAAAUUACAAAACCCUACUAAACAGCACUAAGAGGGCAUUUAAAUUUUCAAACAAAAUCCACUUUUCUUUCUAUAAUUUUACAUGAAACAAAAAAACUAUAUUUACUCUCUAUUAUAUUAUUGUAAUGUGGCAUGUAUGGACACAUUCAGACAGUAGGACAAAUCAGCUUUUCAGCUCAAGCUAGCUGUACUGUCAGCAAUUGCUCAUUCUAAUCAAGUCUUACAUUAAACAGAAUGCUUUUAAAAUGCAUUUCUAAGUUUGUAAUAUUUGUAUUCUAACUGAUUUUUAAGACUCUAUCUUUUAGUUAUUGUUUUGUUUCAUACCUUGUUAUUGUUACUACUACCAGUAUUAGUUAAAAACAAAUGCUAAGCAUAAGCUAAAACUUCAACUGGAUUUUCCAUUACAUCUGUGGUAUGUAAAUACAUUUUUUCAUGUGCAUUUAUUGAUGAAUGUAAGGUGAAUAUGUUAUAAUCAUAGUGAAUAUGUCUACAAUCCAAGGCAUAUUAUUUAUAUAUAUAUAUAUACAUUAACUUAUAG